AAUGGGAAAGAAGAAACCUGAUAGUUUCUUAAGUUAAAUGUCUAAAUUGUUUAAUGGUGAGAAAAUAAUUAAAUUAACUAUAAAGAGAAGUAUUAAACUUAUUUAUCAUAUUUUAGAUUUGAAAGAACAAUAUCCACAACUUAGAAAGAGAUUGAAAAGAAAAUAGAAAUAACAAUUAUUGAAUGAAAUCAAAACAGCUAAUGAUGUUAAUGAAAUCAUCAUUAGAUCAUAAACACAAAAAUUAACAAUAUCUACAUCUUCAAAUAAAUAGUAAAUAAAUAAAUUUGCUGAUUCAUUGUCAAACAUUUAUCGUUUAUAUUGUCAUGAUCAAUAGAAAUAAAAUAAAGUAAGUUAUUGUCUAUUUAGAAAAAACCUGUUCUAUUGCCAACUCAACCUAAUGCAAAAUCUAAGACUUAAUAGAGAUUGAAAGCUAAGAAAUUAAGAAAUAAAGAAAGAAGAUAAAAAAGAAAUGAACUAUAGAAAUUAAAGAAAAAGGAAUUGUAGAGAUAAAAAACAUUUGCAAGCAAAAAAAGAGAGGAUAAAUAAUAAUGAU